CUAGCCUGGAUGAGAGCGAUCCAGGUUAGGAGGGCUGCAGCCGAGAAUGGGACUUGAUGCCACUUCAGCUCUAUGUGAGACCUCCAGAGUUUUCCUAAAAUGUUGAUUUAGUUUCCUCUACAAAAUACGCUGUCCUGUAAGGCCAAUAGAAAUGACACCACAGACAACUUGAAUAAAUGUUCGUUCCCUCAUUCUGUCCCCGGAUUGGUCAAGUCCUCUUUGGGACGCUCGAACCACAGCGUAAUGACUUUGACGCCGAGUUCCGACGCUUUGCACUACCCCGCACUUCGGUGAGAGGCUUUCAGGAGUUCUCGCGGUUGCUGUGUGUGGUACAUCAGAUCCCUGGCCUGGAUGUGCUGCUUGGCUAUACGGAUGCUCACGGCGACUUGCUGCCCCUUACCAACGAUGACAGUUUGCAUCGGGCCCUGGCCAGCGGGCCCCCACCUCUGCGUCUCUUGGUCCAGAAACGGGCAGAAGGUGACUCCAGCGGCUUGGCUUUUGCCUCCAACUCUCUACAGAGGCGCAAGAAAGGGCUCCUGCUACGACCAGUGGCACCUCUGCGCACCAGGCCACCCUUGUUAAUCAGCCUGCCCCGAGAUUUCCGCCAGGUCUCUUCAGUUAUAGAUGUGGACCUACUCCCUGAGACCCAUCGGCGUGUGAGGCUGCACAAACAUGGUUCAGACCGUCCCCUGGGCUUCUACAUUCGAGAUGGCAUGAGUGUUCGAGUGGCUCCCCAGGGCCUGGAGCGGGUUCCGGGUAUCUUCAUCUCCCGCCUGGUACGUGGGGGGCUGGCUGAGAGUACAGGGCUGCUGGCGGUCAGCGAUGAGAUCCUCGAGGUCAAUGGCAUCGAGGUGGCUGGGAAGACCUUGGACCAAGUGACAGACAUGAUGGUUGCCAACAGCCAUAACCUCAUCGUCACUGUCAAGCCUGCCAACCAGCGUAACAAUGUGGUACGAGGGGUGUCUGGGCGUAUGACAGGGCCUUCCCCUGCAGGACCUGGGCCUGCUGAUCCUGAGAGUGACGACGACAGCAGUGACCUGGUCAUUGAGAAUCGCCACCCUCCCUGUUCUAACGGGCUGUCCCAGGGGCCCCUGUGCUGGGACCUGCAACCUGGCUGCCUACUUCCUGGUGCUGGCAGCUCUCUGCCCUCCUUGGAUAGCAGAGAGCAAGCCAAUUCUGGCUGGGGGAAUGGCAUGCCAGGUGACGUGAGUGGAUUCAGCCUCUGACAGGCAAAGAUGCAGCCCUUGUCACUUUAGGCUGCUGGAACAUGGCCUGGACUUUCCAGUUGGGGAGGGGAAGAUUAGCUUGCUCACAGAGCCCUCUCAGCCUGGUGAACAUUAAAGGUUUUCUACAAAUGUAAA